GGUCACCCUCUUAUCCACGUUUACGAAUGACCACACCCCUGAUUCUGCACAGCAUUCGUCGACCCCUUGGCGCCCCAAAGGAACAAAGCUCACAGGAACAGGUUCUCACCCCUUUAAAUUUGUUUUUUGCGAAUUCUCCCGCCGCGUUUCGAAGCCGAUUUGCGCAAAUAGACAGUCGAAAGUCGCACGCGCAAAAAUGGCGCAACAACGACGAGUCUGACGUCCACGCCGCGACGCUUCCAAAAACUGGAAAACUAUGACAAUAUAGGAGAGAAGUAAUUUUCGUCAGAAUGAACUUUCCGCCGUUCAGCGGCCACUUUUCAACCGCCAUCCCGACUAUCCAUCAGUUUGCCGCUAAAUUCCAAGAUGCCACCUCUCUAUGUCCUACCGAACCGUCGAACAAUCGCUACACCGCAAACGGCGUGCCCUCCUUCACUCAACAUCAUCCAGCAACCCAGCAACAAAUACUCGCCGCUUCCACCGCCAAAUAUCCCACGGGAAACUAUCAAAUGAAUCAGACAGUUUAUGGGAACUCAUCGGCAGUGAGACAAGAGAAACGGGCGAGUGUUUAUGAGCAGGAUCUGGCUCAGGAAUUGUGCUCCGUAAUGUUGCAGCAGGACAAACAACACAAUACUGAAAAGACAAAAGUACAGUCACAACAACAAGAAUCAACACAACAACAACAGCAGCAGCAACAACAACAAUUACAACAACAGCCAAUGACAACCUGGCAAUCAUUAACAACCCCCUCAACGGUUGCAGAUUAUUUAUCUCACCUUCCUGCUUCAACUUUACCGCUAAGUCUCCAUCAUUUUUUGAAGUAUUCCGCUGAAACUAUUAAAAAAGAAACGCAACAACAAAACCAACUGAUCAUAAAUCAAUCUCAAAAUGAAAGUAACUUGAACUUGUUACACGGUAAUUCAAGUUUGUCAACAGUGAACGUAUCACAAUUACAAGUCCCAAGUCAAACGAAGAAAAAAAAGAAAAAGAAGCCAGAAAAAGAGAAGAAACCGCGACCAAAACCUGGAGAAAUUCGUCUAACAACCGCUCUGGACGGUUCGACACUUUACUGUUGUCCCGAGUGCCACAUGGCUUAUCCUGAAAAGGAACUUCUGGAACAACAUCUUGUAGGACACACAUUAGAACGUCGUUUCGUCUGCGACAUUUGCGGUGCCGGUCUCAAACGCAAGGACCAUCUUACGAGACACAAACAAUCCCACAAUCCCGAACGUCCUUACGUUUGCACUGUUUGUCUGAAAGCUUUUAAACGCAAAGAGCAGCUCACUCUCCAUUUCGUGAUUCACUCCGGCGAGAAGAGGCACGUGUGUACCGAAUGUGGGAAGGGAUUUUAUAGGAAAGAUCAUUUAAGGAAACACACCAGGAGUCACAUCGCAAGAAGGGUGAAGGCGGAAUUGAGUCAACAGGGGCAGACUGUUCAUUUGGCGGGCUCCCUCAUGUCUUAACCAUUGAGAUUGGGAAAUGAUAACGUUCGUGAUGUGUUUUAAUAUUUAAACUUUUUUUAGAUAAAAUUUAAUUUUAUCUUGAACUAAAACUAACUAAAGACAUCACGAAUUUCCUAAAAGCAACAGUAUUUAAUACCCAACAAUUUCCCAAAAAUUAGGGAAUCACAUACAGAAGAGAGUAGAUUUCAUUUCUAAUUAAAAGUGAUUUGUCAAAAUUAUUAGGCUGUGAAAAUUCUAGUUUAGGUUGAAACUUUGAAAAAGUACAUUAAGGUGAUACGUAUGUGUUAUGUAGAGAUAGAAAAGCGUGCGAAUAUUUUUGGCCACAGAAUGAAAUUACUGUUUUAUUCAAAUUGUUGGGUAUUAGUUUAGGUCACAAAGUAUUAUUAUUAUUAUUAUUAUUAUUAUUAUUAUUAUUAAACGAUUAGUCCUCUAGUCAUCGACUAUACUUACAAUUAGUUUAGUCAUUGUAAGAGUAAAGAAUUGUGAAAUGGACUACCUCAUAUUUACUUUUUUCCAUUGUGAUAAGGUUACAACGGCAACAAACUGAAACUUUGCUCUGUGUUUCGUUAUUUACAAGGUACAAAGUUUUUGCUUUAAAUGAAUAGUACAAAACUAUUUUCUAUUUUAGCAACACCUUUCUUUUGUAAUAGACUUAAGUUUCACUAAUCCCACACAUAUUUUAUUUGUAGCAAUGUUUAAUUGAAACUUCCUAGCUUCAAAUUAUAUCGAUCUAUUUUAUUUAGAUUUUAUAUAGCGAAGCGAAAUCUUAAUUUUAUACAACUAAAACAAUAAUAAAAGUAAAUUAAACAACGCACUAUUAGGCAUAUUGUGAUUUGUGUGUAGCCUCAAAGAGGCUCUCUGAUAUUUUGUACGAAUGUUUUUGAUAUAAAAUCGUAUGUUUGCAAAAUUAGUAAUAGUGAAUAAUCAGUUGUCUUUCCUAGAGAUGGACUAUUUUUUAUGGCAGAUUUUUAAACGGAAAACGUGAUUUAUUGGGUGAAUGCGAAAGCUUAUAGCAAUACUAAAACAUAUGUAUUGGUUGUUUCAUUUGUGUUCGAAUAACAAUAACGAAAGAGUACAAAAACAUGUAUGUAUUCGUCAUAUACGCCCUUUGUAGACUUGAGUUUUUUGGAACUUCCGCCGUGUUUAUUAUUUCAAUUACAUAUCCAUUAUUAUCCAUUAUUAUUAUUAUUAUUAUUAUGAGUUGUAAAUUGUAAAUUUUUUUGUUUCAACAAAUAAAAGUGGAAGUGUGUGAUUUUUUUAAAAAGGCUUGUAGUGAUUGCUUCUCAUGUAUUUAAUUGCUUUCCGACUUAUCAAUUUAUAUAAAAACCUUAUAUGAAGAAUAAAUUUAAAUACAUUU